AUACCAUCAUGCAUUCCUGGGUGGCCUUCACAGGCCUCCUACUACUUUGGACAGACGCUGUGGUUUCUCAGGCACGAGUGGGUGGAGUGGCGGGUGAGCCGGUCACGCUGCCCUGCACCUACUCCACAGCUGGUGGGACCACCUCCAUGUGCUGGGGCCGGGGGGCGUGUCCUCUUACUCGGUGCCUGAAUCAGCUCAUCUGGACGGAUGGCCACCGCAUCACCUUUCAGAAGAGCAGGCGUUACAACCUGAAGGGAAUGAUUUCGCAAGGCAACGUGUCCUUAACCAUCGAGGACGCAGCCCAGUCUGACAGUGGCACGUACUGUUGCCGGGUUGAGCACUUGGGGUGGUUUAAUGAUUUGAAAGUCAACAUAUUAUUGGAUGUAAAGCUAGCUCCACCUAAGGCCACGAGUGCUCCGACAUCACCUAGGGUCUCCACCUCUGCUCCCACAACUGCAGCACCCACAGUGAACCUCAUGACAGCUCCACCUGUGGUCACCAGUGUUCCAGCCUCACCUAGGGUCUCUGUCUCUGCUCCAACAACACCAUCAUCCUCACUGAACCUCAAGACAGAAACCACGUCAUCUUCGCCAAUGCAGACAACAGGCACCCAGCCUAUCACAACACAGGAAACGAAUAGGACCAGCCCACCAUCGGACCCUUGCCCAACAGAUGGGAACAGCACUGUGAUGCGGCCUGCAGAGGGGGGUUGGCAAGAUGGUGGAAACCAGGUGAACUUGAAAGAAAAGCCAUGGAUGAGCACCAAUAAGGCUCUCUACAUUGGACUUGCCACUACUGCGCUGAUAUUGCUCAGUGUUCUGGCAGCUGUGAUUACCAAAAGACAUUUAUGUGUGAAAAGAAAGGUGUUGCAGAUAAGUACCGGAACUCCACCAAAUGACAUGGCAGUGCACUACCGAGCAGGAGAGAGCAUCCACUUUGAGAACAAUGUUUACAGUGGGAAAUAAGACCCAGAGACCGUCCAAGGCUUUACGCCCUUGACCGCAGAAGGCAACAACCAGAUCUCACCAUGUCAGAGUCCUUUAAAGCACCCCGAUGACUUUCCUGUCAAUCUCCCACCGUAUUCCAACCUGUCAGUGAUGUUGGUUCGAGUGUUUCUAGCUCAUCUGUGUGUAGUCGACCUUAGUGGUGAUCGGUCCUAAUAUUCUAUGUGAAACUGGCUCAGUCUUUCUGGUCAUAGCCGAGCUCUCUCCCAGGUAUGAAAUGAACACUUUAGACUUUAUGAAUCCUGUGUCCUGCAAGAAUUCUCACUGGAGAGACAGGGAGAGAACUGCCUCCUUGGUACUUAGGACUUGGUACUUAAAUGACACACUUGGAAGCACCCAUGAUUAUCUCUUGUUUUUUAUCUUGUUAACUCCACAUGUCGCAUUUCUUAAGUCAUCCAAGGGCUACAAAUCAUGGAAGUUCAUAGGUUUUUAUUUCCUUCAUUAUGAAAUAAAGUCGGUGUGAUUU